GUGAAGAUGGCCGCUGUGUCUGGUUGCUAGCUGGUUGCUCGCUCCGUCCUCGCUGUGUUUACAUCCGGGUACCGGUCCGGCUCGGGGCGCUGACUGCGGCUGGGAACGAGGCUCGGGCGGGCACUAAUGUCGGAUAAUCAGAGUUUGAACUCGUCAGGUUCGGAAGAAGAUCUGGAGACCGAGUCCGGGCCGCCCGUGGAGCUCUGCGGGGUCCUGUCCAAGUGGACAAACUACAUUCACGGUUGGCAGGACAGAUGGGUUGUCCUAAAAAAUAAUACCUUAAGCUACUAUAAGUCUGAGGAUGAGACUGAAUAUGGCUGCAGAGGGUCCAUCUGCCUCAGCAAGGCUGUCAUCACGCCUCAUGAAUUUGACGAGUGCCGCUUCGACAUCAGUGUUAAUGACAGUGUGUGGUACCUGCGUGCACAAGACCCGGACCACCGUCAGCAAUGGAUAGAUUCAAUCGAACAACACAAGUCUGAAUCUGGUUAUGGAUCGGAGUCAAGUCUUCGGCGGCAUGGCUCAAUGGUGUCCCUGGUCUCUGGGGCAAGUGGCUACUCCGCUACGUCCACGUCGUCGUUUAAGAAGGGACACAGCUUGCGGGAGAAACUCGCCGAGAUGGAGACCUUUCGCGACAUCCUGUGUAGACAAGUUGACACGCUGCAGAAGUAUUUUGAUGCGUGUGCCGAUGCACUCUGUAAAGAUGAGCUUGAAAGAGAUAAAGUGGUUGAAGAUGAGGACGAAGAUUUUCUUCCUAAUCACGCUGAUGGAGAAUACAUUCACACCAGUAAUGGCAAUAAAGAGAAAUUGUUCCCGCAUGUGAAUCCCAAGGGGAUAAAUGGUAUUGAUUUUAAAGGAGAAGCCAUUACCUUCAAAGCAACCACAGCGGGCAUUCUCGCCACAUUAUCGCACUGCAUUGAGCUAAUGGUGAAGCGGGAGGACAGCUGGCAAAAAAGAUUAGACAAGGAAGUAGAAAAGAGAAGGCGGGUGGAGGAGGCUUACAAGAAUGCAAUGAGUGAACUGAAGAAGAAAGCACACUUUGGAGGACCUGAUUAUGAGGAAGGGCCCAAUAGCCUGAUCAAUGAAGAGGAAUUCUUUGAUGCUGUUGAAGCCGCUUUGGAUCGGCAGGAUAAAAUUGAGCAGUCUCAGUCUGAAAAGGCGCGUUCGCAUUGGUCAUCGUCUGUACCAACAAAUGAUGCUUACACCGGAGCGGGCACUCACAGAUUUGUUCGCACAACUAUUAUUCGUUGUCCUAUUGAUCUAGCCCCUGGCUCAGAUGACCACAGAUUCAGAAGCCAGGUGGAAGAGAUUGUACAAAACCACAUGACUUACUCGCUACAAGAUGUGGGAGGUGAUGCCAACUGGCAGUUGGUGGUGGAAGAGGGCGAGAUGAAGGUUUAUAGAAGAGAAGUUGAGGAAAAUGGAAUUGUGUUAGAUCCACUGAAGGCCACUCAUUCUGUGAAGGGAGUAACUGGUCAUGAAGUCUGCCAGUAUUUCUGGAAUGUUGAUGUCCGUAACGACUGGGAAACGACCGUUGAAAACUUCCAGGUUGUGGAGAAGCUAUCUACGAAUGCAAUCAUUGUAUAUCAAACACACAAGAGAGUCUGGCCAGCUUCCCAGCGUGAUGUCUUAUAUCUAUCUGCUAUCAGAGUCAUCCCAGCAGCUAGUGAGAAUGAAACGGACACAUGGAUUGUCUGUAACUUUUCUGUGGAUCAUGACAGUGCUCCGCUUAACAACCGGUGCGUUCGUGCCAAAAUUAACAUUGCGUUGAUCUGUCAAACACUGGUCAGCCCCCCUGAAGGAAACCAGGAAAUAAGCAGAGACAACAUUCAUUGCAAGAUCACAUAUGUUGCAAAUGUGAAUCCAGGCGGUUGGGCUCCUGCGUCGGUGCUUCGAGCAGUAGCCAAGCGAGAAUAUCCAAAAUUUCUUAAACGGUUUACUUCAUAUGUACAAGAGAAAACCGCCGGCAAACCUAUAUUUUUCUAGCAAUUGACCGCUACAUGAAGGCCGUAUGAACAUUCCACAUUAUAUUAGACGGAGCGAUUCACAUCAGAAAUGGAACACGAUCUACAGCCGCCUUCGUUAUUUUCUCCUCUAGCUUUUAAGGCAUCCCAAAAUGAGGGCGGAAAACCUACAGUGGACAGGCCAUCAAACACUAGCUGUCUAAUGUCUGUCCUCCUCGCGGAGUCUGUGUGUAAUUUAUAUCCACAUGUACAGGUUUUUGUUUUGUUUAGUUUUUUGUCUGUUUGCUUUGAAGGAUUACAGUUGUAUUUUAACUCACAACCUAUAUGGCUCAAGGCUUUUAUCUUCAAAACUGUACAAAAUACUCAUCUACCAUAGGCCUGUAACAGUAAAUAAGCCAUAAAGAGGUUUGUGUUUUUGAGCAUAAAAAUAUGAACAG